GUCAACCUCUCACUUCUUCACUCAGGCUGCUUCAGUGCUGUUUCCACUGUGAAUUUUCUGUUUUACCAGUCACUCUUUACAUCAUAUCUCUGUAUCUUUUCUUGCAUCCAGCGCCGUUUGCUGCUGCGUCACACUCUUUCACCCCAUUCUGCGCCUUCCAAACACCAUUUAGACGUGCCGUGACCUCAAGUGCUCGGCGUCUCAACACCAAGUUCUGCCAACACCUGUGACAUUCCUUGGAUAUUUUCUUUGGUCGGAUAACUAUCACUAUGCGGGGCCUCAUUGCUGCGACAGCGCUGCUUGCCGGUGUGCACGCCGCCGUCGAUCCUAUUGUUAUCAAGGGCUCGAAGUUCUUCUACAAGAACAAUGGCACCCAAUUCUUCAUGAAGGGUGUUGCUUACCAGCAGGAAGUCAACUCGAAUACCACAUCCACAGAUUCUGAUGAUCUGAACAUCACCGACCCGCUUGCUGACAGCACGGCUUGCAAGCGCGACAUCGAGUACCUCAAGAAGCUCAAAACCAACACCAUCCGUGUCUACGCGAUCGACCCCGAGAAGGAUCACAAGGACUGCAUGAACGCGUUUGCCGACGCUGGUAUCUAUGUUGUCGCCGAUCUGUCUGAGCCCGGCAACUCCAUCAACCGUAAUGAUGCUGAAUGGACCACCACUCUCUACUCCCGCUACACCAGCGUCAUCGAUGAGCUGAUGAAAUACGACAACACUCUCGGUUUCUUCGCUGGUAACGAGGUUUCUAACCAGCCCAACAACACUCUGGCUUCUGCUUUCGUCAAGGCCGCUGUCCGUGACAGCAAGGCUUACAUCAAGAGCAAGAACUACCGCGCCGUCGGUGUCGGUUAUGCCACCAAUGACGAUGCUGAUAUCCGGGAGAACCUCGCGAACUACUUCGACUGUGGAAACAGCGAGGAUGCUAUCGACUUCUGGGGCUACAACAUCUACUCGUGGUGCGGUGAAUCUUCGUUCAAGGAGUCCGGCUUCGAUGUCCGCACCGAGGAGUUCGAGAAAUACAACGUCCCCGUUUUCUUCGCCGAGUACGGUUGCAACACCCCUCGUCCUCGUGUCUUCACCGAGGUCGGUACUCUUUACGGCGAUGAGAUGACUGGUGUCUGGUCCGGUGGUAUUGUCUACAUGUACUUCGAGGAGGCCAACGAGUUCGGUCUCGCUACCAUCAAGGACGGCAAGGUCACCACCAACAAGGACUUCGACAACCUCUCCAAGGAGAUCGCUAAGGCUACUCCCAGCGGCGUCAAGAUGGCCGACUACAAGCCUAGCAACACCGCCGCUGCCUCUUGCCCUACGGUCAAGGCUGGAAAGUGGGAGGCCGAGUCUGACCCUCUCCCUCCUACCGCCAACGCUCAGCUCUGCUCCUGCAUGAUGGACACCCUCAGCUGCACUGUCGCCGACAAGGCUACCGAGGAUGACUACAGUGACAUGUUCGGCUACGUCUGCGGUCUCAAGGACGGCGAGUACUGCGCCGGCAUCAAUCGCAACGUCACCGCCGGCGCCUACGGUGCCUACGGCAUGUGCUCUGCCAAGGAGCAGCUGUCUUUCGCUCUCAACGCCUACGCUAAGGUUGUCUCUGGCGGCUGCGGCUUCAAGGGCAAGGCCACCACCAAGUCCGCCACUGCCUCCCCCACUGCCUCUGGCUGCUCCAACCUCCUCAAGGAGGCCGGUGCUGCUGGCACUGGUUCCGUCACCUCUGCUCCUACGGCCUCAGGCUCCAGCUCCUCCAGCUCCAACUCUACUGGCGCUGCAUCUGGUCUUACCGUCCCCAGCCUCGGUAUGGGUCUGGGCAUGUACGUCUUCGGGGCUGUUGCCUCUGGCAUGGCCAUGAUCCUCUUGUAGAGGGCAUAGCUGUGUCG